AAGUCUAUAAAAUUAAACCGAUCCUCGCCGGGUUGCAUCAUUCGAGCCAGGAGCUGCCAGCGAUCGAGACACACGCGUGCGAGGAGCCCAUGAGCGAGCACUGAUUCGAGUCUGAAGUGAAAGUGAAGUGAAAAGUGAGGAUCAAGCCACACCAGUGCCCACGAGGAGCAGAGCAAUCACCGAUAUGGAUAAACUCAAGUACAGCAAGUGCCCGCUCAAAAAGCGACCCAUUCCGAUCGAGGAUGCCUUUCCCGUCGACCAGGAUCAGGAUCAGCUGAGUCAUGACGAAGGACCCGUGGACCUCAGCGUGGCCUCGGCUGCGGUUCCGCUGGAGCCGGCGGUGCCCACGGAGCUGCGACGCCGCUUCGAUGCGGCCAUGACGCAGACCAAGGAGCAGCUGGCGCGCCGCAUCUGGGAGGAGACCCGCGAGAUCGCACGCGCCUUUCCGGACGUCUUCACCCGCGAGGAAAUAGCCCGGAGCCUGGCCCGCCUCGGAUACGGCGACUUCGAGCUGCCGCCGGAGGAGGAGGUGAUGUCGCCAGAGCCUGAGCCAGAGCCACAGCCAGGGCUUCCGGUCAGCUAUGCCGGGGUCUCUCCGCCCCCCACAGCGAUCCCGCAGACGAUCAUCAAGGUGGAGCAGCCCGAGGAGGAUUUCCCGCUGCGGAACUACAACAACAAUCUGCUCAAGAGCAUAGCCGACUACGAGGACUGCAUGAAGAUGCCACAGCCACAGAUGCAGCCACACCCCCUCGCGUACUACCAGCCGCCACCAACCCCCGGGCUGCCGGAGGACCUCAGUCAGCGCCGGGUGCUGAGCGAGAACAUGAAUCUGCACAACGUGGCCAGGGCCCUGCUGAGCAUGCAGCACAUGCCACCGCAGCAGCCGCGCUACGAGCCAGCCCACCAGAAGGCGGCCAAGCAGGAGCUGCCGCCCCUGGCCGGAGCCGAGGACACGGAGAACGGCGGCGAGAACAGCGAGAACCAGCUGAACCAGCUGAAGAUCAAGAGCAGCAACGACCUGUACUACCAGUGCCAGCAGUGCAACAAAUGCUACGCCACGUACGCGGGCCUGGUGAAGCACCAGCAGAGCCACGCCUACGAGAGCACCGAGUACAAGAUCAUCCGGAGCAACCCCAGCGGGGGGCCGAUCGUGGACCAGACCGAGUUCUGCACCGACCAGGCCUCGGCCCUGAUCCAGGCGGCCAACGCGGCCUCCGCCCAGUCCAUGCAGAAGCCGGUGGGCGUGCCGCGCUACCACUGCCAGGACUGCGGCAAGUCCUACUCCACGUACUCGGGCCUGAGCAAGCACCAGCAGUUCCACUGCCCCUCGGCGGAGGGCAACCAGGUGAAGAAGGUGUUCAGCUGCAAGAACUGCGACAAGACGUACGUCUCGCUGGGCGCCCUCAAGAUGCACAUCCGCACCCACACGCUGCCCUGCAAGUGCCCCAUCUGCGGCAAGGCCUUCUCGCGGCCCUGGCUCCUCCAGGGCCACAUCCGCACCCACACCGGCGAGAAGCCCUUCAGCUGCCAGCACUGCAACCGCGCCUUCGCCGACCGCUCCAACCUGCGCGCCCACAUGCAGACGCACUCGGACGUCAAGAAGUACUCGUGCCCCACCUGCACCAAGUCCUUCUCGCGCAUGUCCCUGCUCGCCAAGCACCUGCAGGGCGGCUGCCACAGCGACGCGGUGGGCGGCGCCAGCUCCGGGCCGGGCUUCAACCAGGAGCAGCUCCAGCAGCACCUGCACGGCUACGAGGAGGGCCAUCAGGUCUACUACGCCGGCAGCAUGGGCAGCAGCGGCGCCGAGGAGGAGGAGGCCUACGCCCUGGCCCCCCAGGCCCCCCAGACCCCCCAGGCCAUCUACUAGUAAUACCCCAGUAAUCCCCUAAUCUUAGUAUUAUCCCGCGUAAACCCCCGUAGCUAAGUCAGAGUUCAGGGAAAGUCAGUGCCAAAAAUUAGUCAGUGCAAUUUUAUUGCCUCUUAGGGUCUCCAAAUUCUAUUCUAUAGCUAUAUCCUAGGAUAUCCUUGUUGUUUGUUAGCCAUUCCUUGUGUGUAUAUUUGUUGUUGAAACUCGAUGGUGUACAGAUCGAAGCGGUGCCAGAGAAUAAAUCUAUAUGUAUCUGUAAUAAUUUAUAAUUUCAUUCUACAAUUUGUCCUAAUUUAGUUCAUGAUUUAAGCCUUUAUUUAUAUUUAUUUUCUUAAUCAAAA